AUGCCGCUGUGCCCCGCGGAGCCGGCACCGCGCGCUCCCGGCCGGCCGUGCCCGCGCAUCCCGGCGCCGUGCUGGAAAAACGGCGGGGGAGGCGGACACCGGGGACAUCGUCGUGGGAAGCCAAGCUGCCCGGCUGCUGCUUCGGAAGAGCAUCUCUGCAGUGCUUUCCCUGGGCAGCCUCCCCGCUGGGCAGCACCGAGAGAGGCCUUCGAGGCACGCUCUGCCUGUUCUAAAAGUGAAAGGCGACAUCAACUGAUAGACUGGUCUGUGGGUAAGACACAAGGCUGGGAAAAGCUCAGUGUGACUCUGCAGUUUCCCAGCACAGCAGGAGCAGCAGCUGAUCCUUCUGCCUCAGCAAUGGCAGAAGCUGUCAUAAGACAUUGGGUGGAAACUCCUGUACGCUACCAGGAGCAGUUUGUUGGCCAGGAGCUGGAGGCACACAAACUGAACCACCUUUUAUAUGCUUUGCCGGGCCCUGCCACCGCUGCGCCGAGCGACCAAAGGUGCGCCCCAGAAAGCACGGCUGGGGCUGGGAAGAGCGGCCAGGAGGAGGAAAACACACAAUUCCGGGUCUUGCUGGAUGUUGUGCAGUUCCGCCCCGAAGAUAUCAUUAUCCAGACUUUCGAAGGCUGGCUCCUGAUUAAAGCUCAGCAUGGACCCAGGAUGGAUGAGCAUGGUUUCAUAUCCAGAAGCUUCACCAGACAAUACAAAUUACCCAACGGAGUGGAGAACAAAGACUUGUCUGCACUUUUCUGCCAUGAUGGCAUUUUGGUUGUUGAAAUGAAGAACUCAGUGGAAAAGAAUUAG